AUGUCGCGUCACGAGGAGAAGCUACGAUUCACGAAGGAACCCUUUAUAGAAGAUGUUGGGCCUCGGAAAAUGUAAGAAUCUCACCGUCUCAAGUUAAAAGUGCAUCUAUCUCACGUUGGAGUGAAUCGUAUGGUGGGCUUGUUUCUUAUUUCUGCGAAUGUUAAAUUUAUUGUCAUGCUCUGAGUUGUUCCUCUCUGGACAAGCAGAAGAAGUAUCCGGUUCAGUACAUUUUCUGGGGACGAAAUACGGAACUCAGCUGAAGUGCAGGUUUGGAACAAUAGAUUCUAUGAUGCCAAUGUCAAGCCAGUUGAACAUGGAUUGCUUGAUCUACGCAUGGUACACACGCUACUUUCUUAUUUCAUCGAUCAGAUGCGAGCUUGUUGACGUGGAAUGUGUUUUACGAAAAAAUCUUUGUUGAUCUCCUUCCGUCUGUAUUCUGAAAUCAGUUUUUUUCUGUGUUGUCAAAGAACUAUGGUGAAAAUUACGUAACUGUGAACACAUUAGAAAAGAGAAAAGUCUACAUCGGUAAGGAUCACGGUGAAUUGACUGGUAGUGGUUUUGGAAUAACAGUUACUGUAUAAUGAAGUGAGAUCUUGUAAUAAGGUCAGUGGGCGUAGGCUAUGAUCCUUUCCACUGAAAGGACCCCCAACUAAAUCUAAGGAGCACACAGGACUUAAUUCGCAGAUAAGCCAUUCUCAAGGAAAAUUUCGUGUAGUAUGAAAGCUGCUACGUGAAAUGAAGGAGAAUGCUGUUGUGGUGGAAAAUGUAAAUUUCCCGAAACUAUGUAUUCCAAACUCUUCAUAGUAAUUUUUUCUAGGAUGCCUCUUAGAGAACAAUAAACUAAGAAAUGCUACAUCUUGAUUGUUGAUGAUUCAUCUCUAUGCCUUAUUCAGUCAACUGAUCACUUCUGGUUGAUUUUCUCUAAUAUGGAUGGAUAAUGGCGGAUUGAGAUAGAGCUUUGAACUUUCCAUACAACAAAAGCAGUCAGUCAGAAAGUGGCCAAUUUGGUAUUAUACAUCUUUUAACAUUUCUCCUGUUUCUAUUUUUUUUCUCAUUUUUAAUCUCAAAUUUGAUCAUUCUUCCUUCCUUGUCUUUUAAUUAAACGAGAUAUCUUUUUAAUAUUCAGGGGCCAUGAUAAACCUCCAUAAAUUGGAGAUACACUUGAAAAGGCUAAUUUGUUAUUCUAUAUAGAUAGACUUUAACAAAAUCCAUGUAAUUUCAAUGGGGUUGGGUUUCGUCAUUGAAGAAUAUUAGUAGCAGUCUGAAAUCUUUCAAGCGAUCACACAAGUCUCCUGAGGCCAGGCGUCCAUCAUUGAUUUUGUUCUAAGAUUUAGAGUUGUCUUACUGGUGUUGAUUGGAUGAUGAAAUAUUUACGUCUGAUGAAACACUUGUAUUGUACCAAUGGAAGUGUGUGGUAUGUUUACCCCUGUAUGGAUGGUCGUCAUGGAUUCCUGGUGGGUGUUUGACAGUGACUGUGCUUAGAGGGUCUUCUUGUUACCCCAAGGGUGUUAGAGAGUAAAUUAGGGGGUUGGGGAAGGAGGUUUUCUUGUGAUGGGAAUUGGUUUUGGGAUAGAGGUUGCGGGUUAGAAUUCAACAUUUAUAUUAAAAUAUUGAAUCAUGGAGUGCUGUUAGUUUCUCAUGAUAGAGAUAGUUGUUAGAAAGGUCUCCUGUGUGAAUGAAUGGUCAGUGUUUAUUCCCUGGUUGUCACUGAGGAUUGUGAGAGAGGUAGGAGCCAAACUUACAGUCUCAUAAUAAGACAUGAGAAUUGGUUGAAAUGUGGUUAUGUUGUGUAUUCUCGAGGUGACAGCAUCCUGAGGGGAAGAGAGCACUUAGCUAGGUGCUAUUUGUUCAGGCUGGUUGUCUCUCAAAUUUAUUUUAUAAUCGAAUAUAAUAUUUUAAAAAAUGCUCCAGUAGCCACAUAAAAUGUUUCCACCAGGAAUAUUAUGCCUUCAUCGUGUGUAUGUUCCUAAUAUUUAGUUGAUUUUUUAUUGGUAAGCUAAAAGGAUUUACAUUUGGAAUUGACUAGUCUCGUGCCAUUGCCCACGUGACUUGGAGUCAGUAUGAUUCCACCUGACCUUAAAAAAUGGUCGGAGGAUGUGCAGGAAACAAUCUCAGUUUUUGUUGGACAUCAGGUGACAUUGCAGGCAAUAAGUAGUCUCAUUGGACUUGAUGGGUCUGGAGUCUCCUCCUCAGCUCUGUUUUGCUACUCACUCACUGAUCUCAUUGUCAAAUUUGUUAGGGAACAUGCUCGAGUAUUGCAUGGGUCGUACAUUAAGAAAAUUAUCACAAAUUCCCUCGUAAGUGGGUAUGAGAAAGCAUCUUUCUCAUAAGGAAAGAAAAUUUUAUCUUAAAAAAAAUUAUUUUCUAAAAAAGGGGGAUUGAUUGCUGCAGACUUGUACUAGCGAACUUAUAUUGGAAUUUGUUGAUGUCUUAGAGUUCCUUCUGAUCCCUAUAAGGUGUACUGUUACACGUCACAGGCCAUACUCAAUCUCUCUCGUAUUUAUGUUAAUCUUUUUGCCGAUCUUGGGAUUAAAAGAGACGGUGAUUAUUAAGUAUUUGUAAACAAAGUUGUGGUUAUCAUUGUCGUCCAUAGUUCUUUCUAAUACUUUUCUUUAUGUUUCUUUUUUUUGCAAAGUUGUCACUGUUCGUUUUAUAGUGUGUUGUAAAAUGUUCCUGCCUUCUAUCACGACUCUGAAACUUAUAUUCAUAAAAGAAUGGCUUUUGCCACCUCUCUUUGGUGCUAUAUUUUCAAUUUCUAUGUUUCUCACUUCCUGCUAGGCAAUUUCUCCAUGACUUGCCUUGUUGUUUCUUUUUUUUCAGGGACCUGGGAGCAAGAUGGGGUUUUGUGCUACUUGCCAUGGGAGUUUUUCUGAUUGUCCGGGGCACUUUGGUUUCUUAAAGCUCACACUUCCUGUUUUCAACAUUGGCUAUUUCAGUUCUAUCUUAAAUAUCUUGAAGUGUAUCUGCAAGGUAUUUGACUAAUUAACGACCUAAUUUUCACGAGAUCCGCUUCUUGUUGAAUUAUCUGUACCAAAGAGUUUUGGUUGAGCACACGUGUACAAAAAACUAAGAGACUUCUUUGUGGUAGCAACGGAAAGUGUCUAUCACACUAUCCCUGUAGACUGUUGUUGCUCAUUGUUUAAGAUGUCUUAUUAGUCUUGUGCUAGGAUACUUCUUCCAGAAAAGGAGCGCAAAGAGUUUUUGAAGAAGAUGAGAAACCCUAGAGCAGAUGUCACACAAAAGAAUGCAUAUGUGAAGGCAAUUAGAGACAAGUGUAAAGCUUCCAGAUGUGUUCGAUGUGGAUAUAUAAACGGUUUGAAUGCUCAACUUCAUCAUCAGCUUAUUAUUUCUAGGUCUGUUUUGUCUGUUCUAAAAAACAAUGAGGUCAGAUCUUUGGAACGUGUCUCCUCUUGCGACAUGACAUAAUUUGAAUGAUUUUCGAAGCUAGUAUUAGCAGAUGUUGUUUGAUUUUCUUUUAUGUACCUGCCUUUCCUUUGGUUGGUUUUGUUUCAUUCUAACGUUUACAUAUGAAGGAAGAUAAAUGUAGAAUAUUAUUUUUGAUUAAUGAUAAAAUUGAACUUAUGUUUUUGUGAUAGUUGGGCCUUGCUUCCACCAUAAGAAAAAAAGACGGUAAUUUUUAUUGUAGACGUGGGCAGUCAUGAUCAUGCAGUAGUGUCCAAAACGUGAGACAACAAGAGAACUGAGAUGGAAGACAUACCAUAUGGAGAACUGUAAUAUUGUCACAUACAAUAGGGUCCCCAUUGGACAACUUUAUGAGCUGAGGUUGUGGUUAGCAAACUGGAAUGACCACCAUGGUGAUUUUUCAGCUUCUGACAGCUCAGGGAAGCACUUGUUAAUGACUGUAGGGAGGAUGAAGCACGAUCAGAAAAUGGAUUAGGCUUUGAUGAGAAUGGGAUAUUUUGCAUUCUGCUAUAGAUAGCUUGAUUGGGAGAAGGUAAUUUUUGGUAAUUUAUUACCUUGGACCAAACAAAUCUAUGGAACUGACGAAAGACCGAUACCUUAGUGACUGCUGGAUUAGAAGAAAAAAAAUCUACUAAUGGUCUCUUCUUUUAUAAUUUGUUGUCCUCUCCUUGCAAGAACAGUACUUAAAAGAUGCUAUUGGACUAACAAAAAAAAAUGUACUAUUGAUCUCUUUGCUUACUUUUUUCGUCUUACACUCUUCAUGUAUUUUUUCUUGGUUUAUUCCCUUGUCGUCAAUUUGAAGAAUGCAACAAUUGACAGAGAGGGGAUUCAAAUUUGUGUAGUUCUUAAUGUAUCUGAUGUCCAGUUUGACGAUGCAGAUUUUGACGAUAUUAAGUACUGCAGUACGCCAUUGACUGCAUAAUUUUAUUUUUUUUCUGAAAUGGACUUUCUUUAUGAUUCGGGGAGAGCUGCUGAUGCAGAGUUGUCGAAUUGAAGGGCAUUGACAUUAUUCCCAAGCUUCCUGUGGGAAAGAAUAAUAUGAAAUUAUUGAAACUGCAAUUAGUGGUCCAUUGCUUGGUCUCAGUAAGGAAUUUUUUCAUAGGAAGUUGAUGAGAAAUGUCACAGGACAGACGUGUAGAUAUUUAAAUGGUCUAGGAUUUGACUGAAGAUUAACUGCUGCAUUCGGGUCAAAAGUCAUAGAACUGUCAUACCAGCCAGAUAGCGGUUUAACCUAAAAUCUCAAGAGGUUAGAGAACCUUUUAGUCUUGUUGGUGAGGCAUCUACUUGAAGAACCAUAAAAUUUGUUUGAAAAAUAAAUCGCAACUUCUGGAGCACCACAAUUUUUUAAACUUGAUGUAUGAUUUCUCCUGAUUUACUGAAAUGAAGUCUGCCACAAAGAGCAUGUACAAGUUGCUGACAGUAGUAGAGGGCUGUAACAAGGAACAAAGUUUUACCUAAUGGAAUAUAGAAGCAUGUGGGCAGCAAGCAUUCUAAUAUUUACGGAUGACUUGCAUGUAAAAGUAUUAAAAUAUUAUGAAUUUAUCGUACCUAGAAAAUGCACCAGAAAAAUGUUUCCACUUGUCUCUCAUUGGACAUUCAUUGAAAUCUGGGUUUCUUUUUGUGCACUUUUGAAUCCUAAUCCUUUGGUACUCAGCAGGAAGGCCCUGAAAUCACCACGCAUUUAUUUUUCCAAAAACCACAUGUUAUGUGCAUUAUACCUUUUGCCCACACCUGCAUGUACUUAAGAACUGUUGAUUUUAAAUAAAAAAGGUAUAAAUGCAUUAUCAGUCCUCAUUCAUAAAAGGUCAAUGUACUUAGUUUUCUUUAUCUGGUGGAACUUCCAUCAACCAUUCAAGGUCAAUGUAGCCAUGAUCUUUCACCAAACGAUUAAAGAAACUUCGCAUAAAAGAAUAGCCAGUGCAAGAAUUUUAUUUCUUUCAUCGAAACUAUCACUAAGUAAAAGUUUAUCUAAGAAAUAUCCCCCAAAAGACAGGGAAUCAACUUUCUAUAAAUAAAAAUAUGUUUAUCAGUUUGAACUAGAAAGGAUUUGAAUUUUUUUGUGAUACUAUUAUUGCCAGAUAAUUGGCUUUCUAAGUUGGUGGCUUUCAUUAGACAUUAUGGUGGUCCUUCACGUUCUGCUGAGAUACGAGGCUUCAAUUUUGAGGAAGUUCCAGAAUCACCAGAUUAGCUCUAAACGUUAGUUGGCAAUCGAAGGGUGUUGGGUGACCAUUAUUUUUUUAUAUCAAGGCAGAUAAAAUGUGCAUUAAGAAAGUGUGAGGGUCUGUUUCUGCAUCAGGAUUGUUGAAGAAGAUUGUGUGGCUGCAGAUGAUGCCAUGGAAGAGUCUCUUCAAAAGUCUUGCUAUGAUAGUGACGUGGAAGUGUGGUCUCAUUUGCUUUCUGAGAAAGUGAUAUCAAUGGGAGCAGAGACAUUUUAUCGUUUAUCGUUCUUCUGGAUUAUAGAUGGCUUUAUUUAGCUUCAAAACUCAGUUAUAAUCUGGAUAGACUGAAAUAACUUGUGAUCCUAGUGUCAUAGAGUAUAUGUCAACUUUUGUUUAAUGCUGUCAUGCUUAUUCUUGCUGUUUAUCCAUCUGUCCUGGUGAUAUGUCACAUAAUGACUGUGAAGCUUGUAUGAUAAUAAUUUGACUAUUUGCUCACAGUACUGCUGUCUAUGGCAACUUGGUGUUUACAUGUGAUUUUGUUGACUCUUAAUGUCUAAAAUCGAAGGUUUUAUAAAAGUUCAGUUGGGAAUUUGGCUAUUAAUUAUUUUAGAUAUUUGCUGGGAUUACAACUUUGUCAUGUUGUAUGAUAGAAUAUGUUUAUGGUCCUGCUAUUGUACAUAACUGGUGGACGUGUGAAUCUGUGCAAAUGACCACUGUUAAAUGCAGGUGUUGUGAAGAAGGGGCAAUCCUCAUUAGGUAUUGUACAGGAUUUCACAAAAGUUCAUGAUGAGACUCUACAAGAAUUCCAUUCGGCAUUGUCUCAUAUAAAAGACAAGGAGCGGUUCCGCAAGACUCAUGUGCUUAGCCCUGACAAAGCCCUUGCUCUUUUCAAAAAAAUGGUUGAUGAGGUACGUGCUUUUAAAUUUCAAUGACCUGGGGAAUGGCUAGUAUAUUUAACUAUUUUCAAUACUUUUUCCUUUUACGUUACAGGACUGUGAAGUGCUUUACCUUAAAGAUAGGCCUGAGAAACUGAUUGUCACUGACAUUGCAGUACCACCUGUGGCUGUUCGCCCCUCUGUAUUUAUGGAUUUAAAGUCAAGGUGAAGUAGUGGAUUUAAGAUGAUUAUGUAUUAUGCUUGUAGUUAUUGUAGUAAUGGGGCAUGAAGAACUGUUGAAUUGGUAACUGCCUUUUGUCUUCUUGCAGCAAUGAGGAUAGUAUCACAAAUAUGCUAAGGAACAUAAUUAACACAAAUUCUAUUCUUCGAGAGGAUUUGGAAGGGUCAGCACCUGCUUUCAAGUGUUUGGUAGGAUCUUCGCUUGCCAAUUUUCUUUUAUUCUUUGUAUUUAACUUUCUAUAUAUCUGUUAUUAUUUGUAAUUGGAGCUAAUUUGAUGACCAUUUCUGUUAAUGCUUUAUUCCACCCGUUUUGCAAAGGCUGAUACAUCUAUAGGCUCUGCCAAUAAUCUUGAUGUAAGGUUGAGAUUUUAUGUUAUAUUUUUCCUUGGAAAUACUCAAAUAUUGAGCAUUUGUUUCUUUAAUUGGGAAAAUAAAUUUAUUGUCCGUAGGCAACUUCGGUACUUGGAAACUGAUAGCAAAUUACCUGAUUGGAUAAAACCUUGGGAAGAUUCAACUCUUAACUUGAAGUCAAUAAAUUUAGGUCACCUUUUUUCUAAUGUCGAAUAUUUUUUCCAGGAUUGUUGGGCAGUUCUGCAAGCGCAGGUUGCGGAGUACAUAAACAGUGAAGCUCCCGGUGUUACUGAUUCAAAGAACCGCGGUUUUGUUCAGCGUCUGAAAGGAAAGCAGGGACGGUUCCGUGGAAACCUAUCUGGAAAGCGUGUUGAAUUUACUGGGAGGACGGUCAUUUCCCCUGAUCCUAAUUUGAAAAUCACAGAGGUUAGCCAUUCAGAGGAAUGUGCUCAUAACAACGGCCUAUUAUUUUCCCUUUUUGAGGAAGAUUCUAACAUGUGACUAAUUUCAUUAUUUUUAAGGUAGCAAUUCCUAUCUUGAUGGCACGUGUUCUGACUUAUCCGGAACGAGUUUCUCAGCAUAACAUAGAGAAGCUGCGACAAUGCGUCCGGAAUGGACCCACCAAAUAUCCAGGAGCGAAUUUUGUUACACAUCCUGAUGGUACACGGCUGUAAGUGCUGUUAUGCGAAUCCUCUUUGUGCUUGAUGGAAAUGCUUUUGUCUUAUAAUACGAAUUCUGUUGAGACUGCUUUUCAGGCAUCUGAAGUAUGUUGAAAAAAAGAAUGUUGCGAACGAACUGAAGUAUGGUUAUGUUGUGGAGCGGCACUUAGAAGAUGGGGAUGUUGUCCUUUUUAACAGGCAACCAAGUUUGCAUCGAAUGUCAAUCAUGUCUCAUAGGGUAAUUUCUACCUGUUUAUGUUUAAAUUUACAAUUUUUCAUCUCUCUUGACUUUGCUAACAUAUUGUGCUGUGAUGAGAUCUUUCUAGGCGAAGAUAAUGCCCUGGAGAACACUCAGGUUCAACGAGUCAGUUUGCAAUCCAUAUAAUGCUGAUUUUGAUGGGGACGAAAUGAAUCUGCACGUUCCCCAAACGGAGGAAGCUCGUACUGAAGCCCUUACGCUUAUGGGGGUAAGAUCCUGCCCGAUGUUUUCUUAAAAUGAUGUUUUGGCAAAAUUUUUUUCAAUAGAUGGCUACAAGAAAGGUGAUGUGUUCCGAUGGAAGUUUCGCGUCAAAGUGUUCGUACUACGGUCUUUCCUGGAGAAAGAUAGGCGUUAGAUUUUUGUUAUUUAGACCGUGAACUUUUUGGUGGUCGGUAGAACUGGUAUCUACUUGUGAAAGAGUGAAUGUACAGUUUUACAGCUUCAGUAACACUUCAAAGGGUAUACCUAGGAAACUGGUCAAUUGAAGGUUAUCAUGCCUGAGGGACAGGUGUUACAAGAUAAUGGGAGAAAUCGAAAGGAUAAUAUUUUUGAAUAUAGGAAUAAACAAUAAAAAGGAGCUACAACGUACCAUCAAAUUGCAAGUUCUAUCGAUUUUGUUGCGGACCAAUUGUAGAGGCUAAAGGAGAGCCUUUUAAGUCAGGUUACAUAUAACUGGGGUAAUUACUUGUAGCAUUCUUCUUUUGAGGAGUUGCCAUUGCAUUUCUGUUCUGUGUUCAUAGAAAGGGAAAAGGCGAAAGACAUCAUUCUAUUUAACAGGAAAUGCUUUUUAUUAAUACUGGUAUACAUUAAACAAGCAGAUACACGUCCUGAGCUUAAAAGUGUUCUUGAAAGUGGAACCUACAUUUUAUUCUCUUUUUGGUGGAAUUCCUGGGUUGACCUAUGUAAAUUUAGCCGUGAUUCUUUUUUCAUGCAUGUUUGAUCUUUCAAUGAGUGAUUUCCCAGUAUGUGCUCUCAAGCAAUGCUCUAAACGUUUUUGUGGCCACAAUUUGUAUGAUCUCUUCUUUUUUAUUUCUUUGUCUUAUGACUUAGUCUGGCUACCUUUUUGGAUUGAAAGGAUGACUAUCUAGUCAUUUCCAGAAGAAGAGUACGCUGUCACAUUGUUCUUUCUAUAUAAGCAUAUUGUUUGAAAUGUUUUUUUUCUAAGAAUUUUCUUUAUUGAUACUACUGAUUUUUCAUAGGUGCAAAAUAACUUGUGCACACCAAAGAACGGGGAAAUCUUGGUUGCGUCAACCCAGGAUUUUCUGACAUCUUCAUUUCUGAUUACUAGAAAGGACACAUUUUACGACAGGGCUUCAUUCUCUCUAAUGUGUUCUUACAUGAGUGAUGGGAUGGAUUCCAUUGAUUUGCCGACACCAGCCUUACUGAAGGUAAAUCAUAUCUCUUGACACAGUUUCCAUUCCACUGCUUGGAAUAAUGUUGUCUGGUUGUUUCUUUGAUAAAAAGUCAUAUUUAUGCUUGGUGGCUACACAAGAAACCGUUUGUGUACUUAUUUCUGGUGCCAGUUGUUCUGAAAUUUUAUUGGUACACCUGAGAUUUUAUAAAUUCCUGCACAGUGGAUGGACUUGCAAUUAAAUUUCAAGGGUUUUUCUCCUGGAAAGGCAGGGAAAGAAAUUUUCUGUUGAUAAAGGGACAUUAUGCACAGCUGGCCAGAUUGUUGAAAUCACCCUUUGCGUGGAUCCCUGUAUCUGAUCCUAAAGAUGGUCUGCUCAGAAGUCACAAAUUAUAAAGACUUCGGAUAAAGCAGUUGGUUGAUCUAUUCCUUCAUUUAAGUUAUUAUGUCCAUUCCCUAUGUUUACUCAAAUAGAAUAUUUGUAAAACAUGCCGGAGGUGUGAUCAUUGCUGUGGAAGCUUCUCUUGGUUCUUUCUCCGCUUGACCCUAAGCAUAUCUGUCAGUAAUACCUUUCAUGUCUUCUUCAGAUUUUGUUGGAUCUUUAAUCAACCUAAAGAUACUGUGUACAGUGGUGUGUUUUUUCACUUUAUGUGGAGGAAUUUACUGUGUAGUCUCAUGUCUGGUUCUAGGUGGUUUAUUCAUUACUUUGCUAACUGCACUUAAUGGACUGCAUGAAAGACAUGUAUAAAAUCAACUUCUUACAGUUCUACAUUUUAAAAGAAGUGAAGUCUUUAAUUGCACACUUUGGUAACGAAAGGGCAGGAAUGUUGAAAUUAUUUAUUCGUAAAUAGAAACGUGGAAAUGGUUCAUGGAGAACUAAUGUUGGAAUCCUAGGGAAGUAUCUAAAUCUAUGCCUCUUGUGAUCAAAUGUUUACUUUGAGGAUAUUAUUCUUAUCAAUUAUGAACGACUUUGUUCUAUUUCUUAUUCUUCAUGAAUUGUCUAAGCGUAUAUUUUGAUAGUUUUAUUGCCUUCUGUUGGAACUAGAAUGGUUAAGUGAUGUAUGCUGUUAUCUUGGUAAUCUGAAUCAUAAUUCUGUAGUAUCUGCAGUCGGAUUGACUUAAUUUGUAGUGUUAUUAACUUAUGCACUUAUGUAAUAUAUGCAACUUUGUUUCUUAUGCAAAUAUAUUUCUUUUUAGCCAAUCGAGCUCUGGACGGGGAAACAAUUGUUCAGUGUGCUUGUACGCCCCAAUGCAAAGACAAGGGUCUUCCUAAACCUCACUCUCAGGGAAAGAAUCUAUAGCAAAUCUGGGGAAACGAUGUGUCCUAAUGACGGCUUUGUCUGCUUUCGGAACAGUGAGCUUAUAUCUGGGCAACUAGGCAAGGUUACUUUAGGUAAGCACGUAGUUCCUCUGUGAGUUGUGUGCCAUAAUCUUUGGUUUUUGGUCUUCCUUGCUUGUUUUCUUUCUUUAGUGCCAUUUGUCAAAUUACCAAUUCUUGUUAUUCUGAACUAGUGUUUCUGUAAUAGCUUGACUGAACGUCUGAUUUAAUGUGGUCGUUUUUACUUAUUUGAUUGUUAAGUCAAAUCUUUGGCUACUAUUCAUGGUUAAGGAGUAUGAUCCAUGUCGGUCAAAGAUUUUGUCCAUAAAUUUGCCGUGCUGACAGUGAAAAGAAUAUGAGUCACGUUGAGGAGGCGCAUUAAAGCCACUAACCGCUAGGGGAUUAGCUCGGGGUGUAAGUAGGGAACGCAGGAGUCAUGCAAAUACAUCUUUGUUUAAUUAUUUCUAUUAAAAUUAUCACCUCAAAAGCUGUAAUUUUAAGAUUUUUAAUACCCUUGACCAGAAUAUAAUCCGACCAUCGAAAGUGGGACUGCGUUUCGAUGAUCUUGGCAGCUGAAUUGAUUCCUUAAUCUUUGCUGAGAACAGACUAAAUUUCUAUUUGCACUCAACAGUACUUAUCCUUGAAAGUUGCCCCAUUGGCUCAUGGGUUUGACUUAGCAUGGCAUCAUAAUCUCCCUCCUUUAGAGGAGAAAAUUCUCUCUCUCUCUCUCUCGUAUGCCCUGCGUUUUCAAACGAUUGUGUUCCUAGGAGUUUGUGUUAAGAUUUGAUUGUGAUGCCUUUAUGUCUCUAUUAGUAGAUGCUCAUGGGGAGGCACAUAAUGUAAUUGUCAGUGGAUGGAUUUACUUUACGGGAAUCUACUCAGAAUGGACUGUAGCGAUUCACUGCAUCUAUUGAUUAGGAUGUAUCACAGACUGGAUUUGAGUUGUCGCUAUCAAAGAGUUGGGAAGUGUCUUCUGGAGUGUUGGUGGAAAGGCUAUUUUCGUUUUGGUAACCUUGAAGUAAUUUUCGGGUAAUAUAGUUUGUGCAUCGCAGUGCCUCGAUCCGUUUUCUUUCUUUCUGUUUUGUAUCUCGUGUAUAUCUUUCGUGGGGAGCUGAGGGUCAUGGUUUAUGCGGCAUAGCCUGAAGAAUAAUAUGAUAAGUAAGAUGCUUUAUAUGCACGCAUUCAUUGUUUUUUAUUAACGGUAUAGAUCAUUCAAGUGUGCGCAUAGCCUUUAUGUUCAUUUACUGUUUUGACUGUGAUCAUUUCGCUAAAAUUUUGCUUUUGGUGCAAGUACUAUUUUGUUGAUCUAUGUCUCAUCACAUUUGUGAAGCCUUGCAGCGGAAACAGAUAUUCAUUAUAUUUUUCCCGCUUAUUUCCUUGAGUUGGAAGAUUAUCUUUCUGUUAGCUUUCUUAUAUUUUGUGCCAUCGGAUAGAUUGUAAUGUAAACUAAAUGUCAGGUAAUGGCAACAAAGAUGGACUUUUUUCGGUGCUCAUUCGAGACUAUAAUUCACAUGCAGCUGCAGCUUGUAUGAAUCGUCUUGCUAAAUUGAGGUAUUGUUUUCAGAUCUAAACUAGAUGUUAUGGAUAAUUGUUGUAUGACAACAUAAUGUUGAUGGAGAGACUGGUUCAGCGAAGAGAUUAGAUCGCUGAAAAUGUCUCAUGUUUGAUGUCCAUUGUUAGAUUGCAUAUAUUGCAGCUGAAUGAGACCCUUAUUUCGUAAUACAUAAUGAAUAAAAAAUAGAUAAUGCAAUUAGUUCAUUAUUUUACCAUUGAAUGCACAUUAGCUUAAUUUCCUGAUAGGGGGGCUCACUUGUUAGUGCCAUUGGUAAUAGUUGAUUAUCUAGAUGGCUGUGGAAUGAAUCAUUUAUCCACUGCACAUAGAGCUUGUCUUGACCAUUGUACUCGAAUUUUAUCAUCAGCUAGCCAUUUAUUUUUAUGCCCAUUGUUUGGCAUUACUAUUUCAACAUUCUGGUCUAAUGAUAGCAAGACGGCUUAAAUUGGAGUACUCAUGAGGAUUUCCUCUCUUAUUUAAAAGAACUAGGACAAUGGCAACGGUUGCUAAAAAAAUACAAAUAUUAAGGUUAGAAAAAGAUUAAAAAGUCUCACAAAUUAGUGGUUCUGGUUAGAAGUUUUUUUCGUCUGAUGAUACAGAUAUCUAAAUUCAUAAUAGUGAUAAAUUGUAAUACGACUGAAACAACUGAAGUUUGAAUAUACCACUUCUUCUUUCAGAAGUCUCAAAAAUGCUAAACUGGGUAGAUUUUCUCCCUGUUCUGUUUAUGAAGUGAAUGUAGAAUAGAAUACUUCGUCAAGUCAAUUGACAGUACUUUUUGUGUUGGGCCUUUUGUAGUGCCCGCUGGAUUGGAAACCAUGGAUUCUCAAUCGGAAUUGAUGAUGUUCAACCUGGUGAAAGCCUUAUUCAAAAGAAAAAAAAGACAAUUGACAAGGGAUAUGAAUUAUGUGAUGAAUUUAUUUGCUUAUACAACAAAGGCAAGCUCCCUUUGCAGUCUGGUUGUAAUGCAGCAGAAACUUUGGAGGCUGAGAUAAGUAAAGAGCUGAAUGAUAUUCGAGAAGCAACUGGGAAAGUAAGUUAACACGAUAUCUCUGGUACAUUUUUUAAAUCCAUAGUGUUUCAUUCUAAUAUUGAACUGCAAAUUAAGAAGCAAGUAUUUGCCGUGAUGUGUUCAGUGCGUUAUUCGUUCUAGUUGCUGUUUUAGUAUAGCAGUGGCAUAAGUCACCAUAAUUUAUUUGGGUUUCUUAUUAACUGCAUCACGACAUUGUCAUUUUCCUUAACAAUGUUCAUCACUUCGUAACUCUUCUGCAUUAUGUUUAAUGUCAUAGGUCUGCAUGGAAGAGCUGCAUUGGAGAAACAGUCCCCUGAUUAUGUCACAAUGUGGAUCAAAAGGUUCUUCGAUUAAUAUUAGCCAGAUGAUUGCAUGUGUGGGUCAGCAGUCAGUUGGUGGUCGACGUGCUCCUAAUGGUUUUAUAGAUCGAAGUCUUCCACAUUUCCAUAGAAAUUCAAAAACACCUUCUGUAAGAUUUAUAUCCUCACUCUCCACCACCUUUUAUAGAAAAAGAGAAAAAAUGAUGUUACAGUACGGCUCUCAUUUUCAAUGUCUGUCUAAAUUCCGUCUUAUGCUGCUUAAUAUUUUAUAAAUUCUUAUAGUCUUACACUGUGCUGCACCAUUUUUUUGGCUUCUGCUUGUCUUUUUUUAAGGGGCGUUCCUUGUUAAUGGUUCAGGUCCUGUGGACCAAUUGCAUACGGAGUAGGGAUUUUUUUUUGAUAAAGUUAAGGUUAACUAGAGGAGAUGAUGGGGAUUAAUCUGUCUUUCCCGUUUUGUGUAUCCUGUUUUGUUAAAGAAUUAGUGACUUUGAUGUGGUGUGUGCUACUAAUUACGUUAAGAACUAGUGAACAUUGAAUACAACGGAACUAGUAAAGUUCAAGUGUCAGAAAGAGAAGUCAAUCCAGAUGAGUUUGAAUAUAUUCUUAUUUGUGAUUUAUGCCUCUGAUUGGUUUAAAAUUGUAGUUUCUUGUUUUAGUUCUUUUUCGUUACAAAGCAAGUUCCUGUUAAGGACAGGGUAUUUUUUCUUUGAUUUUGACAUGCAUAUAUUUAUUAGACCUGGGAUCUUAAAAAACCACGAAAAACGCUAAAAAUUAAUCUCAAAAUUUAAGUAAAAUAGUUGGCCAUGGAAAAAGAUAGUUUUGAUAAAUGAUCCAGAUUUAGUUAAUCUACAUGUUAUCUGGCUGCUUGUGUGCAGGAUCCGUGUUUCUGUGUCAGUAAUGGGGAAAUCAGAUCACGCUGGGUUGAUCUCACUUUCAGUUAUGUGAAAUUGAAUAGAAAUAACUGACCAAGCGAUUACGUAGUAUUUUUUAUGAGCCACUUUGAUUAGUUGAACCUAUUGGCUGAUCCUCUGCAAGUUGCGCUGAUGUUUUCCACCACGUUUUUGCUGUUCCUCGUCUGCUUUCUAUCUAGCGCCUACUCCAACAUUAGUCAACAUAUAAAGUGCAGAAUGAACGUGUAGGCAAAAAAGCCGAUUUAGUUGAUAUAACUGGGGUCAUCAUUGAAUAUAGCUUGCCCUACUUUUUCAAUCCACGAGUGCAAUGGGAUUGCAUGCCAGUGGAACUCUGGCGUGCAGACUCAGUCACAGUGGCUGACCUUGUAUGCUGGGGCACCAUUUGAACACUUAAAAAUGUCGUCAGGGAUUUAAGGAUGGUAGUGGCCAGAGGAGUUUUGCGACUUGUUGGAUUAGAUGAUUGUGCAACUUGAUGUAAUGUGAACAAAGAGGACUUCAUUUCUAGCUAGUUUCUGGAAGAUUGUUGGAAACGAAGAUUGGAAAUAGGUUCCUGUCAGUCGAGGAAGCAAAAAUGUUAAUGCCUCCGGACUGAGUCUGUUCAAAGUAAAAUUUCUUAAAAGCAUAACAGACAGGAGAGAAACCAGUAACAUGUGGAUCAUACCGUUGUCCCUGUGAACAAUGAGGCUGGCAUCAAAGCUGCUCAAAUCUUUCUACACAUCGGUACAUUCCUAUCCAAUGGUGCGUUCUCAAUUUGAUGACAAUAACAAUGUGAAUUGUGAUGGUAGUGACAUAAUCUAUUCCUCCCUGGGUCCAACUUUAUAGUUUUGGUCUAUAUAGGCAUGGUUUCGUUCUCAACGCUCGCUUAUACCAAGUUUAUUAUGCAGCUUCAUGCUUGUCUUUAACUUGGUGUCUUAGUAUUUUAGUGAAAUAUAUAACCUAAUCUGAUAUUAUGCUUGUUUAGAUUUUCUGUACCGUUGGGGUUCAACUAAAAGUUGAUGAUAUUAUCUAAACGUUACUGUAGGCUAAAGGCUUUGUUGCUAAUUCCUUUUACACUGGUUUGACGGCAACGGAGUUCUUCUUCCACACAAUGGGUGGCCGUGAAGGUCUUGUCGACACUGCGGUAUGUGCAACAUGUUCUUCGGCUGAAAUUCGUUUGAUUGGAUCGGAACGUUUGAUUAUGCAGGAACAGUGAUUAAACUUUUGAUGUCAUGCUUACGCUUUUGGAUUAAACCCAUUACUCAUUAUAUUUAGAGUUGGCUUUCAUAAGCAUUAAACUCGGUCAAGAUUGGGAAAUAUGAGUCGGAUGGGUUUCUUCACUUCAUUUUCUUUUCUCCAUUGGCUAUUUUGUUGAUAGAAACGUAGUUAGGGUUACCCUCAAUUCUUGACUUUUCUCUUACUUUUCACCUCUGGAGAAAAAGGCAGAAGACCCUUAUAAAAGAUAGAGGAUAGCAGUGUUGGGGUGCCUGGUUGGCAGCAGCUUCGAGAAAUGAUGCGACUGUUCCAUCGGCAUUUUGAGAAAAUCCGAAGUGUCAACAAGACCACCACCACAAUUAUGACUCUGCGGUUGAGCCUGAUUUAGACCAUCAUGCCAUUUGAACAUGGAUGAUGUGGCGUUUGAUCAUAUUCUAAUUUUUCUAGUUAUUGACUUCGGGGUUGCAUCAGUGGGAAAUGUUUUACUUGUUCCUUCCCUCUCAGUGUUGCGUUGAUUGGGAAUUUCGGCUGAUCUCACUUUCUGAAGUAUUGAGUCAUGCUUGUACAUAUUGGUAGUCAAUUAGAUUUUCUAUUUGGCUCAGCAUUCGGAGAGUCCCUUCCUGACAUGUUGUGGGAUAAUAUGUUUAUAUAAUUUUUUUUUCUAAAUAAUAUUUGGUCAAAUUAUAUAUUUGUCUCCAAACUGUACGUGCUUGCUAUCAUCAUUUAUUCGUUUAGGAAACGCCGAGAUGCAUACACAUUCUGUGAAUUUACAGUUGCAAAAUUUGUGCGACUAUUAUUGGUAUAUUAUUAUACCUUGAUGCUGAUUUUCAGAUGGCCCUGAUUUGAUUCAGGUGAAAACUGCCGAAACUGGAUAUAUGUCUCGCAGAUUGAUGAAAGCAUUGGAAGAUCUAUCAAGUCACUAUGACCAGACAGUUCGCAAUGCUAGUGGUGGGAUUGUGCAGUUCAUUUACGGAGAUGAUGCCAUGGAUCCCGCAAGAAUGGAAGGAGAGGAUGGAAAACCAUUAAAUCUACAUCAGUUAUUCAGUAAAAUAAUGGUUUGCUUGCUUCCUUGCUACUUUCUAUAGGAAUUUCUGUUAAAUCUCGUUAUGUUCUUCUUCAGCGACUAAUUAGUCAAAAUCUUAUCUGAUAGGCUACCUGUCCUUCUGGUUCUCAUACAACUCUAUCUCCAUCAGAGAUAGGUCAGAUUGUUGAUGAGAGGCUCUCACAUCCUGAUAUGUGCGUUGAGGGCGCUUCUUCCGACGCCUUUAAAAAAUCAUUGAAGGAUUUCGUUGACAAGGCUGUCUCUGCCUUAAAGAGAACAAGGAGAGCCCUUCAACUAGAUGAGGAUCUUGUCGGAGAUGGAGAUUCUGACGCUCUGGAAAGUGUUGCUGCAAAAAUAUCUGGAAUUUCUCGCAGACAGUUGAAGGUAACUCUUCUUGCUUUCUUGUUCGAACCCAUUCUGCUGUCAUUCUUGAGGUUCUAUCUCCUGCCAAUGCUCUAAAGCGUCCUCUCUAUUUUAGGUUUUCUUGGAAACUUGCAUAUCUCGUUACCAUUUAAAGAAGGUCGAACCUGGAGCAGCUGUUGGUGCCAUUGGAGCCCAAAGUAUUGGAGAACCAGGGACACAGAUGACCUUGAAAACUUUCCACUUUGCUGGAGUAGCCAGCAUGAGUAUCCUCAUUUUGUGUUCUCACCACUUUUGACAUGCUCUGUUUCUCCACUUUAGUCGUGCAUCUAAGUUUGGAGCUCAUGUAUGCAUGCAUGGUUGUUCCCCACAAAGAGAUCCCUUGACUCUGUUACAGACGUAACACUUGGCGUUCCUCGGAUCAAGGAGAUAAUAAAUGCAGCGAAGAACAUCAAGACGCCGAUUAUUACCGCUGCACUUGUAUGCGAUGACGACGAAAAGUCUGCGCAGAUAGUCAAAGGCCGUAUCGAGAAGACUCUCCUCGGUGAGGUAUGAAUGGAGGUUUGCCGCUCGUUUCAUGUUGGAAUAGACCCACUUUAGCCCGCUGACUUUCCCUCCUCCAUGCAGGUUGCCAAGGCCGUAAAGAUUGUAUUGAAAUCUAGUCAACCAUACAUCGUCGUAGUUCUCGACAUGGAGCGGAUAGAGGCGCUGCACAUGAGGAUUUCCUCCUACUCUGUGCAGCAGUCCAUCGUGGAUCAUCCGAAGCUGAAGCUAAAACAUGAGGUGAGCAUCGCCUUGGCUUCUGCUCUCGUUUCGAUCCCAUUUGAUUCACAGUUGGUGAUUCUCAUCCUGCAGAACAUCAAGACUCCGGCCGCGCACAAACUGAGAAUAUAUCCUCCUCUUACCGAUAGAAAUAACGUCCAGUUUGAGUUACACUCUGUGAGAGCUGCUCUCCCUAAUGUCAUCGUGAAGGUAGGAGAUGGGAACCUCCAGGAGUUGCCAUUUUGGGCGAUUUUCAUGAAUUUUUUCGGUCGCUCACUGAUUUUAGUGCGCGGAAAUUCAGGGGAUCCCCACUGUUCAGCGCGCGAUCAUCAACAAAGAGAACAGAAUUGAUAGAUAUAAGCUGCUCGUGGAGGGGUCAGUUUUCUCUACUCUUGGCGGAUGGAAGUCAAGCAUGUUCUUGGGAUCACGAUCAUACUUAAAGACUGUUUUUCUCUCUCUUUCGACUUUCACAGUACUAAUCUCCUGGCCGUCAUGGGGACCCCCGGUGUGGAUGGGGGUAAAACGACGAGCAAUCAUGUGAUCGAAGUCUUCCACACUCUCGGAAUCGAAGCCGCGAGGAAGUGCAUCAUUGAUGAGAUUAAUUACACCAUGAAGAGUCACUCGAUGAAGAUCGACAUCCGCCACAUGAUGCUCUUGGCUGAUGUGAUGACUUUCAAGGUGAGCUACUUGAUAAAAAUAACUGCUCACAUAAAUGCUAUUUAUGAUGCUUAGAUAAGUGGAUACGACCGUGAUCUGUGUUUUAAUUCCCUCCUCAGGGGGAGAUCCUCGGAAUCACCAGGUUUGGCAUCACGAAAAUGAAGGACAGCGUCCUCAUGCUGGCCUCCUUUGAGAAGACCGCGGAUCACCUGUUCAAUGCCUCGGUCAACGGGAGGGAGGACCAGAUAGAAGGGGUCAGCGAGUGCAUCAUCAUGGGCAUACCGAUGCCUCUGGGCACUGGAAUCCUCAAAGUCAGACAAAGGUAAUAACUCCUCCAUCCUCAUAAAACCAUAUCUGAUUUAAUGUGUGACUAACUUUGGUCGCUGAUCUUAUAUGGUUUGACUACGUGAUCAUUAUUUUAAGAAGAAAAGAACUUGACCUUCUCCUCUCAUAACAGAGUUGACCAUCUCCCGGAGCUGAAGUACGAGCCUGACCCGAUUUUCUCUUCAUACAAGUAG